AUGUUGUCUCAUAAAAAAAAGAACUCCUCUCUAAAAACUUAUGGAUAUACUCUAAAUCAUUAAGUUGAAGAAAACAAAUAAGACAUUAAACAAUCCUUUAUUUAAGAUAUAUAAGUUAUAAUAUUGAAUCAUUCAGAAGAUGAAUAAGAUAGAGAAUCCCUCCAUUCAGAAUAAGAGUAUUUAAUCAAUAAUUUUUAGCAUUAAUAAUUGGGUAUAAGGGGAAGUUCUUGGAUAAGGUGCAUUUGGUAAAGUAAUAAUGGGAUUAUAAAAGAAUGGUUAAAUUAUGGCAGUCAAAUAAGUUUACAUCCAAAAUUUUAAUGAUCAAGUAAGAUUGCAAUUUGUCUAAUAUCUAGAGAGUUAUAUAAUUACAGAAGGAAAUUUAAAUGCUUAGUAAGUUACAACAUCCAAACAUAGUAAGAUAUUUAGGUUGUGAACAAAAAAAUUAAUUUAUUAAUAUAUUUCUUGAAUAUGUUAGUGGAGGUUCAGUUUAAUCAAUGCUUGAAAGAUUUGGUUGUUUUAAAGAAAGUCUAAUUAAGACAUAUUUAAAAUAAAUUUUGUUAGGAUUAAGUUAUUUACAUUCAUAAAAUGUGAUUCAUAGAGAUAUUAAAGGUGGUAAUAUUUUGAUUGAUAAUUCUGGAAAAUGUAAAUUGGCUGGUAAAAUUAAAUUUAAUUCUCUUUAUAGACUUUGGAAGUAGUAAAUAAUUGAGUGAUUUUGCUCACGAUACUCUUGGUUCUAUAUGUGGAACUCCUAAUUACAUGGCUCCUGAAGUUAUCAAUCAAGAAUAAUAUGGAAAAAAGGCUGAUAUUUGGAGUUUAGGAUGUACUAUUAUAGAAAUGGCAACAGGUUAACCUCCAUUUUCAGAAUUUAAGGAUGCUAUUGCAAUAAUGGUUAAAAUUGGGAAAUCAACAUAACCACCUCCAAUUCCUUCUCAAUUAAUAUCAGUUGAAUCUAGGAACUUUUUAUCUCUUUGUUUAUAAAUUGAUCCUAAAUAAAGGGCUACAGUUGAUGAAUUGCUCCAUCAUCCUUUUUUGAAAAAAUCCUAAGUUAAUCUUAUUUCUAAAAAUACUUAAAAGGUAUUCAAAAAAGAAUCUAAUGUAAUUAAACAUUCAUUUUUAUUGGAAAAUGAAAUCGAAGUUGAUUAAAUUGAACCAAAUUCCCCUUAAUUUUAAGGUUUAUAAGGUAAAUCCUUAUCAAAAACUAAUUAAAUUAGUAUCAAAAAAAAAGUUGAGCUUCCUAACUAUAAUUUAAUAGUUGAACCUGAUUUGAGUGAUUAGAUUGAUUUAGAAUAAAAACAAUAGGAAAUUUAAGAUUUUGAUAGUAAUGGUUACAUGAAAUUCUCGAAAGAAAGGAUAAAAGAGAAUCAAUUAAAUUAGAAACAAUAGGAUUUGUAAAAUGACUUGGAUAAUGUUUUAAAUUAGUAUUGA